AUGUCCGAGAAGUCAGGGCAGAGCACCAAGGCAAAGGAUGGCAAAACAAAAUAUGCAACCCUUAGCCUUUUCAACACCUACAAGGGCAAAUCUCUGGAAACCCAGAAAACUGCAGUGGCUGCCAGACAUGGGCUCCAGAGUUUGGGCAAAGUUGCUGUCAGCCGGCGCAUGCCCCCUCCGGCCAACCUGCCCAGCUUGAAGGCAGAGAACAAAGGCAACGACCCCAACGUCAACAUCGUCCCUAAAGACGGCAGCGGCUGGGCAUCUCGAUCUGAGACAGGGGAGGAGAGGCAACAGGAGACACCCCCACCCCAGAAGCCAGCAUCGCUCCAGUCACAGGAGCUUUCUAUAGGUGGCGGCCGCUCCUGGGCCAACAGCAAGCAGGCCCAGCUCGACGGAGCCCCUCGUGUGAGCAGCCACUUCCACCAGGAGUUUCCCAGCUUGCAGGCAGCCGGUGAGGGGGAGAAAGGAGACGGUCAGGAGGAGGAACCGUAUGGACCCGGUCCCAGCCUCAGGCCUCAAAAUGUUGGCAGUUGGCGAGAGGGAGGGGGGAGGAAUCUGAACGCUGCACCCAGCCCCCCUGAGAUGGACAGCAGGGCACCGGAGGAGGGUAAUACAGGCCUUGGUACCUCCUCACCCCCCGGAGAAGCUGAUGAGCCGUCCCGAACACUAAUCAGUGAUGGCCAGAGGGAGAAGAGAGAUAACAGGGAGAGGCUGCCUCCUUCUGGCCCCUCUCAGCCUAAACUCAAUGGGGGGCAGCAGUCUCCUGCUGGUGUGCCAUCACACUUCCACGCUCCUUUCAGGAGCAUGAUGCCACCUUAUAUGUUCCACGCCUAUCCUCGAAUGUCCUUUGGCCCUGGACAAGGAAACUUCAGAUAUCCUGUGGCACAAGAUGGAGCCAAGGGCCCUCGGUCAGGACGGCCUCAGCAGGGGCCCCCUCAGUCCUGGCUCCAGGACCCAGACAGGCCUUCCAUCAUUAGCGCCACAGAACUCAAGGAGCUGGACAACUUGGACACCGAUGCUGAUGAGGGCUGGGCUGGAGCUCAGAUGGAGGUGGACUACACUGAGAAACUAAACUUCAGCGAUGAUGAGGAGAACCAAGCUGCUAAAGAAAAAGGGGACAACUGGGAAUGGAUGGGUAAAGUGGAGCGUAUGAGGUCCCGAACAUCAGACAGUCAGGAAGGCUGGAAGGAGGGUUCUGAGGAUCGUGGAAGUACCAAAAGCUCAUGGGCUGACAGUGUAGACCCCAGAGCACCAUCUCCUGGCAGUAUGGGGCAGUACAAUAAAUCAGGAGCUCCACAGGACUAUCAGGCUGGUGGUCGUACAGUGGGUGGCGGCGCUGCGCGUGGGACCAAACCACUGGCCACAGCACCACCUGGUGCUGAUGAAGACUCUGAGGCCUGGCGACAAAAGCGCAAGAAGCCCUCAGAGCUUUCUGAAGCUGUGGAACGAGCAAGGCGGAGAAGAGAGGAAGAAGAGAGGCGGAUGGAGGAACAACGCCUCGCUGCCUGUGCUGAAAAACUUAAACGUCUCAAUGAGAAACACCGCCCGGCAACUGAGAGCAAACCUCCUGAGACCACCAAUGAGGAGGCUGGAGCUGUGCAUGAGGAAACACCCCCACUAUCAGCUCCUGCUCCUGCUUCAAGUCCUACAGCUUCAGUGCCAAUUUCACAACCCCAGGCCCCUAUCAUGCAAGCUCCUCUACCAGACAGGGAGAGAGAGAGGGUGGAGCGAGACAGGGAGCGGAUAGAGAGAGAACGGGAGAGAGUUGAGCCCAGUGCUGAGGAGGAGGGGCACUUUGUGCCUCGCCAGCCCAGCCCACCUGUCCAGAGACCUGUGGCUGUAGCUCCAGAGCCUCAGAGGGAGGGAGAGGGCUCCUUGGGUGAAGUAGGCCCCCUGGUGGAGGAGAGCCAAGCUGACAGGACAACAAUGCCUGUUCGAGACUAUUUCAACAUUGACGACAACAGAGUGGAUGAGCCCCACCUCGCUCUGACUCGUAUGGACCCCCCCAGUGGAGAGGAAGUCCCUGUAGGACCCCCAGAACUGGAAGGAGAGGCAGGGGCCGCCAUGCGUCCCGCUCUCACCUCGGGCUAUUCCAAACAGUUCCAGAAAUCUCUGCCUCCUCGCUUCCUCAGACAACAGGAGCAGAUGAAGCAGCAACAGUGGCAACAACAACAACAGCAACAGCAGAGUGGGGGUUCUGUGUCGCCCUCAGGUGGUGGUGGAGUCCCAGCUUCCCAACAGCAGCAACAACAACACCGCUCCAUGUAUCAGCCCAUGGGCCCCCAUCAUCAGCACCUGGCUUCCAUGGGGUUUGACCCCCGCUGGCUCAUGAUGCAGUCAUACAUGGACCCCCGCAUGAUGUCAGGGCGACCACCCAUGGAUAUGCCACCUAACAUGCACCCUGGGAGGAUGCCUCCUAAGCAGAUAGUUCGCAGAGAGCCAGGAGACAACUCUAGCUCCAGCUCUGACUCCUUUGACCACUUGACCCGGCCGAUUCGCGACCAUGGCCUGCCCUCGGAGUCACGCAUGGUUUGGGGGUCUGACCCGUACACUCAGUCAGAACCCUUACCUUCUGUCACUCCUCCUAAAGGACGGGAUGAUAACAAGGAGCCUAGGCUAGACUCUGGUUUGGAUCUAGACAGGGGUCUCCAGGCUGUGUAUCCUCAAGACCACAGUGCGUUGGACUCUCGCAAAAGUGACUUCUUCCGAGACCCUACAGAGUCCCUAUCAGCAUUUGCCCAGGGUCCAGAGGAUGCCCCGGGGCCUCUAGACAGGGCUCAUGUUGGCUCGGGCUUUGACCCUGAAGAGCCAGGCCUACCCACUGGUGAAGAGGUGGAAGCCCUUGGUCAGGCAAUGCUCCAGAGGAGUGUCUCCCAGGGCUCCAACCACUCCCUCAAACUGGAUGAACCCAGGUUUGAUGGGCUCCCUCUGGGGACAAAAUCACUAGAUCUCCAGGACACAGGGGAGAGGGCUGAGGAUAAGGCCCGUAACGAGCCCUACUCCCAGGCUGUUGUGACAAGCAAUAGGGCUACACCUCCUGCUGAUGGACUCCACAAACAAGAGAAGCUGCCUCUGCCUGCCCCAAGUAAGCAGAAAGCUGAGCUGCGUUGGGGUGGGAGAUCUGGGGCUGGACGUAGGGAAGGACCAGGGGGUGAGAGACCUGUUAGGAGGUCUGGGCCAAUAAAGAAACCUGUUCUGAGGGACAUGAAAGAGGAGAGGGAGCAGAGGGAGGAGAGAGAGAAGCGCCAUGAGAGAGGAGAAAGAGGAGAGAGGCCCAAAAAGGAUCUGGCAACAAAAGCUCCCUCUGCAGCUGCUGCUGUGUCUGAGGGCUCCAGGUCCCAGAGUGAGGGAAAGAGAGAAGUUAAUGAGGUUGAGGAAACACCAUCAGGCCCUCAGAGAGCCAGAGACUCCCAGCCUUCUUCUGGGGCUCCCACCUCUUCCUCUCAGGAGGAGAAACCAGACAAACCACCCAGCAAUGACAAACAUCCAGAACCUAAACUGCCCUCCCGGAAAGAGUCCAACCUCCCUCCACGUGCCUAUCGACGAGAGGAGAGGGAGAGAGAACGUGAGAGGGAGAGAGAAAUGGAAAGGGAGAGAGAGAGAGACUGGCCUGCUGACUCGAGUUUCAAAGGACGUGGUCGAGGGGAGUAUUACUCCCGUGGAAGGAGCUACAGAGGUACCUACAGUGGGCGGGGCAGGGGCAGUCGGGGCCGAAGCAGGGGGGAGUACCCUUACCGGGAGCCUCGAUCGCGCUCUGAUCUACCUGCUGCUGGAAGUGCUGCUGCAUUCCGCAACAGGGAGGAAAGUGAGACACGCAGUGAGAGCUCUGACUUUGAGGUAAUGCCCAAACGCCGGCGACGCCGUGGUUCUGAUACAGAUUCUGAAAGUGAAGGUGGAAGGGAGUCUGCCAGUGAUACUGGGCCCUCAGACCGUGAGCCUAGCACCAAACCUAACCGACCACUCAGACGAGAGCUUCCAGGGGAGGCCCGGUCUGGCCCACACAAGCCUGGCUUUGGACCUCCUCACAUGGGAGAGAAAGUUGGAUCUAGAGGGGAUGAUGAAAGCAGGCCCAAGCCAGGGUUCCUUCCUAAAGGGGAGCCUUCUCGGCGAGGCAGGGGAGGGUUGUACAGUAGACGAGGAGGAGCAAGGGAGCGCGGAGGCCCCCGCUCAGCCCCACUUAGACGGCCAGCAACCCGAGAGUCCUCUUCUCAGUGGCCCUCUAAACCUAUGGAGACAUUCAGGCCCGAGGACACUGAGUCCACAUCUUCAAGAUACGACAAUCCUCCCACUGACCGACGCCCCCCAAAAUAUGAGGGCAAGAAGUUUGGGGAGGGAGCUCCUCAAAGUAGUAGAGAAAGGCCUCGUCGGCCCAGACCAGCAAGGCCCCCCAGGCAAGACAAACCUCCCCGCUUUCGACGGUUGAAGGAGCGGGAGGCUGCAGUGUUGGCUGGUGGAGAAACAGUUCCUAGUCCCCCUGCCCCUCUACCCCCAGUACCUGCUGCUGCUGCUCCUGCUGUCCCUGGCUCUGCCCCUGCACCCAUCUCCCUCUCCCCAACCCUGUCUAGAGCUCCAGGAACCCCCAUCACCGUGCCUGCAGAAGUGGGGGCCACUGUGCCUGCCCCCGACCUGCCCUCACCUAUAGAAGCACCCUUGCCUGAGACUAGCACUCCCACCAUCACGGCCAUUGGUACCAAGUCCCCUGACCUGUCCAACCAGAACUCUUCAGACCAAGCCAAUGAGGAGUGGGAAACUGCUUCUGAGAGCAGCGAUUUCAAUGAGCGGAGGGAACGGGAAGAGAGGAGGGGAGCACUGGAGGCUGCUAAUGCUGCAGCUGCCUCAUCCCCUCCUGCACCUGCACCCCCACAGGGCUCUGUGACGCCCAGUAAAACUCCUCCCGAGGCAGGGAUGACCCCAAAACGUGAAGGAGCUCCGUCAGCAAAGAGGAGUUUCUCCAGCCAGAGGCCGACAGAGAGGCAGAACCGUAGAGGAAACAGUGGAGCCAAACCAGGCCGCAGCUACACAGGGGGCAAGGGGGAGAGAAGGGGAGGGGCCAAAGCUGGCCGCAGAGGCCCUGCAGCUCAGCAGAAUUCGGAGGCGACGAUAGCAGCAGCAGGUGGAGCAUCCCAGAGACCUGCUAAAGAGCAGCUGGCUCGACGCAAAGAUGAGGCCAAGCAGGCUGCUAAGAAGCCCAAGGAGAACGCUCUUUCUCAGUUUGACCUCAACAACUAUGCCAGUGUUGUGAUCAUUGAUGACCACCCAGAGGUCACCACCACAGAGGAUCCCCAGUCCAGCACCAAUGAUGAUGGCUUCACAGAGGUGGUCUCCCGUAAGCAACAAAAACGCCUGCAGGAUGAGGAGAAACGGAAGAAGGAGGAGCAGACCACUCAGAACUGGGGUAAGAAAGGCUCUGGUGAGAAAGGCAGAGGAGGUGGAGGGAAGCUGCCUCCUAGAUUUGCUAAAAAACAAUCAUCACAGCAACAACAACAACAACAACAACAACAACAACAGCAGCAACAGCAGCAGCAGCAGCAGCAAGCCUCACAGCCUCAGCCUCCAGCAGCUCCUGCCCCACAGCCCCAGCCCCAGCCACCCAUCUCUGCCCCCCAGCAUCCUCACCCUGCCCCUUCCCAACCCGCUGCCUCGCCCCAGACUCUGGAAGGAGCUGUGGCACCAAUGUCCUCCAUACCUCCUGCCACCGUGGACUUUACCUCCAAGAGCCUACCCCCUGCUCCCACCCAGACUCACAGCACACUGGGUACGGAACUGUGGGAGAACAAGGUAGCAGGCUCCACUGUCCUUCCUGACGUCAAGAAGCUUGGUCCAAUCAGCCCUCCCCAGCCCCCCUCUGUGAGUGCCUGGAACAAACCUCUUACCUCCUUCACUGGAACUGUCACCUCUGAGGGUGUGAAGCCUGGAACAGAGGGCAGCGUGGAACUGGGAAUAGACAGUAUCCAGUUUGGAGCGCCAUCGUCUGCAGGCAGCACUGACAGUGAUGGAGUACCAGCCUUGCUAGAAACUGGACCUGACAACAAACUACCUGCUCCCAAAGAACAGAGACAGAAACAGCCCCGCGCUGGACCAAUCAAAACACAGAAGCUUCCUGAGAUGGAACCAGUGGAGACCAAGGAGUAUAAGCCCGGUCCCAUUGGUAAGGAACGCUCUCUGAAGAACCGUAAGGCCAAAGACGCCCGUGGAGGGGAAGGCGAGGGGAUGGAGGGAGGAGUGCCUGGAGGAGGAGUCAGCAGAGCCACAGACUCCAGCCCUCCUACCAGUGAUGCCACCGUACCAGAGCUAGGAGGAGACAUUGAGGGCAUGAUUACGGUCCCUUCAGCAGAGUACACCAGCAACUCCAAGGAAUCUGUAACUGACUACACCACGCCCUCCUCCUCCCUGGCGGACAGUGUUCCAACAGGAGGGAGCAAAAUGGAAGAGAGCCUGGUGGCCAAUGUGGCUUUACCCCACUCCUUGCCGCUGCCUCGGAGAGAGACCCUGCAGCAGAGCUCCAGCCUCAGCACCGUCUCCCCUGCUACUGUUGACCUCACACUGAAGAUGGAAUCAGCCCGUAAGGCAUGGGAGAACUCCCCAAGUCUAGUGGAGAAGAAUUCUCCAGUCACCUCCUCUUCCUCUCCCAUCACCUCCUGCGCCUCCUCCUACUCUUCCUUCUCCUCGGCCUCCAUGCCACAGAUCCCCGUGGCCUCAGUUACCCCCAGCACCUCACUGUCAGGCUCUGGGACUUAUACUACGUCGUCCCUGAGCACCAAGACCACCACGGCCUCUGACCCUCCAAACAUCUGUAAGGUGAAGCCCCAGCAGCUGCAGGGUGGCAGCUUGUCUUCGUCUAGCAGUAGCAGUAGUAGCAGCAGCUUCUCCCAGCUGGGCUGUGUGCCUCCCCUCCUACCCCAGCAGCAGCAGACCCCACAGGUCUACGUCUCGCAGUCUGCAGCAGGUUCUGCAGCCCAGAUUCCAGCUUUCUACAUGGACACUAGUCACCUCUUCAGCACCCCCCACCCUCGUUUAGCACCCCCCUCCCUGGCACAGCAGCAAGGCUUCCAGCCUGGCCUCUCACAGCCAACAGCGGUGCAGCAGAUUCCUAUCCCUAUCUACGCCCCUCUACAAGGACAGCCUCAGCACCAACACACACACCAGGCCCAGCUAGGACUCAGCACUGGACCUCCUGUCUCCCAGCCACAGGACCUGUUCAGCUCCUCACUGCAGCCUUACAGGUCUCAGCAGGCGUUCAUGCAGAGCAGCCUGUCGCAGCCCUCCAUGAUGCUGUCAGGACCCUCCCUGCACAGCUACCCUGGUGUACAGGCACCAGAGCUGGGCAAGCCUCAGUCCAACCUGGCCUAUCAGCAGCCCUCCUCCACCCAGCACAUUCCCAUUCUGUUUGAGCCCCAGCUCAACCAGCCCUCUGGCAUGGGAGGCUCCCAGCUUAUUGACACCCACCUACUGCAGGCUCGACAGGGAAUGAAUCAGCAUUCAAACAUGUACUCAGGGCAGGUGCAGCAACAUGGCCAGAGUAGCUACUAUAGCAACACCCAGUCCCCCAGCUCUGCAAUGCAACAGGUGACAGUACCUCUCCCUGGGUCCCAGCUGUCCCUGCCAAACUUUGGUUCAGGAGGAGGUCAGCCCCUCCUGGCGCUGCCCCCCACCCCUCCCCAGGCCCAGCCGCCCAGCAUCAACCGACAGCCCCCAGUUUCCCAGCCAUACCGGGGCAUCAUGGGCCCCAACCACAACAUGAUGCAGCCUCCCACCAGCAAGAUGGACAUGGAUCUUAAACUGUUCAGCAGUGGGAUGGAUGUGAAGCCUGGAACCCCUCCUGUCAGCGCCAGGAGCACCACCCCAACCUCCAGCCCUUACAGAGCAAGCUCCAUCCCCAGUAGCCAGUCCAGUAAAAUGAACAGUAUGCUGUACCAGAAACAGUUCCAGCCCAGCUCUGCAGGCAUGAGAAUGACCCAGCACUUCCCUGGCCAGUUCAACCCACAGAUUCUGUCUCAGCCCAACAUCGUCUCUCCUCUGGUGCGACCUCCUCACGCUAACUCCUUCGCUGGAGGUGUCCAGCGCUCCCCCAUGGGCCCUCCCAUGUCUCCCAACGUGGGCGGUGGCCUGAUGCCUCAUCCCCGACCCCAGCACCCACAACACAGCCAGCACCCUCCACGAGGACCCCCGGGGCCCUCCCUUGCACCCAGAGGCACACAGGCGGCUCUGAAGGCAGAGCAGGACCUCAAGGCAAAGCAGAGGGCUGAAGUGCUCCAGUCCACUCACAAGUUCUUCUCAGAGCAGCAACAACAGCAACAGCAACAGCAGCAACUCAAGGCCCCUCAAGUCAGCAAGUCAUCUCGCCUUGAUCAGAGUGGAAAGCCUCCCCUCGACACCUUGGCCCCUAACCAUCAGUCGGGGGGCGAUCGGCCAGAGUCUGACAAACCCCCCCUGUCCACGGGCAAGCCCAUACGGACUGGCCCCAUCAAACCCCAGGCCAUCAAGCCAGAGGAGGGCAAGUAACGAGCUGUACACCCUCUUCAGAUGGCAAGUUGGAUGGAUGGAAGAGGAAUAGAAGAGAGAAAAUCCAGCUCUAUUCACUCACUCACCCCCACAUCAACUCUGGGGAGAGAGUGGGGCGCAUUAGAGGGGGGAGAGGAGGAUGGGUUGGGGUAGAGAUCCAAACAAGAAUGGUUACUGACAGUGGGCACUGUCCUGUGUGUACAUAACCCUCUUCUCUCUCCCCCUUCCCUGCCUCACUUUUUGGUGGGGACAUUUGAGUUGGAUUCUUCCAUCACAUUUAAAUGGGGAUGAGACAGCUGCACAAGUUGUUGCAUAAAAAAAGUCUACUGUGAUGGUAGAUAACAAGGGGAAGAGUUGAAAAAAGAAAAAAAGAUGAGAUUCGCUGCUGAGUUUGCCAUUUUUAUAGCUCUGAUUUACGUUCCUUUCUUUUUUUUUCCCCAAAUAGGAUCACACAUAUAGGGCAGAUAUGUUUUGUUAACGAAAGAAUGAAUCAAUCUUGUUUUUGUAGUCGGACAUACAAUCUUAUUUAAGGAGAUGUCAUUUUAGUGAAGCACAGAUUGUGUUUCCCCCCCAAUCCUCCCAUCAUUACUAAUCAAGAGAUUGUGUGUGUGCAUGUGCAUUAAAAGCUCUGCACCACUUUACCAAACGUAUGCACACACGAACUCGCGCAACGGUUUCAAGAAUAUUUACUGAAUGGAGACACGAAAUCAGAAAUUCUGUUGUCAUUUUGUUUUUUGUUUUCCCAGAACGGAAAUGUGAAAUUGCAGCAGUUGAUUGAUUUUUGGUGAUUGAUUAGUCUGCCUGUGAGCCUUUGCUCCUGCCUUCUGCUCUCAUCUCCUUGCCUGAGAAUACUGAUGUGCUUGUGUGUAUGUGUGCUGCGUGCAUGUGUGCGCGCUGGGUGGGUGUGUGUGUGUGUUUGUGGUAUAAACAGGGGAAAGCUUGUAGCUGGAAUGUCUCCUGUAUAUUAGCCAAGGAAACGCAGCGCAGAGAUGAUGUCACGGAGCCUUUAAGGAUUCCUGUUGCAGUGGCAGCAGAGUUUUGAGUGGAGUUAAAGAAUUGUGUGGAAAUGAUCACUACGAACAGGCGUUCCAGUUUAGGGCCUACUCUCUCACACCCUUUCACCGCUUUCACGCCCAUCCUUGCUGUCUCACCACACACAUACACACACUUCACUGUAAAGCACCCAGACCUGCUGCUAUUGACUGAGUUCAGUGCCCUUAGCUAGGAUAUAGCAGGAUAGGGCUACUUAGAGGAAUAGAAAGGGUGAGGACUUGAUUUUCUAAACAGUAGAAAACUUGAGUGUUUGUAUGUGAACCCUCACAAACAAAGGGGGGAACAAAAACAGAGCGGAUAAAGAGAAAUUUAAAAAAACAAAACAAAAAAAAAAAAACAUGAAAUGAGAAGCCUCAAGUUCUGAAGCGUUUGGGCAGAAG